AUGAGCGAAAUCACUCACCCCACCAUCAAGGAUGGCUGGUUCCGCGAGAUCUCGGACAUGUGGCCCGGCCAGGCCAUGACCCUCAAGGUCAACCAGGUCGUCCACCACGAAAAGUCCAAGUACCAGGAUGUCCUCAUCUUCGAGUCGACCGACUACGGCAUGGUCCUUGUCCUCGACAAUGUCAUCCAGUGCACCGAGCGUGACGAGUUCUCGUACCAGGAGAUGAUCACCCACCUGGCCAUGAACUCGCACCCCAACCCCAAGAAGGUCCUCGUCAUCGGUGGUGGUGACGGUGGUGUCCUCCGUGAGGUCGUCAAGCACGAGUGUGUCGAGGAGGCCGUCCUCUGCGACAUUGACGAGGCCGUCAUCCGUCUCUCCAAGAAGUACCUCCCCGGUAUGGCUGUUGGUUACCAGCACCCCAACGUCACCACCCACGUCGGUGACGGCUUCAAGUUCCUUGACGACAAGAAGGGCGAGUUCGAUGUUAUCAUCACCGACAGCUCCGACCCUGAGGGUCCCGCCGAGGCUCUGUUCCAGAAGCCCUACUUUGAGCUGUUGAAGGGUGCCCUGAGAGAGGGCGGUGUCAUUACUACCCAAGCCGAGAACCAGUGGCUCCACCUCCCCUUGAUCACCAAGCUCAAGCAGGACUGCAAGCAGGUCUUCCCCAACGUCGAGUACGCCUACACCACCAUCCCCACCUACCCCUCUGGCCAGAUCGGCUUCAUGGUCUGCUGCCUUGACGCCAACCGCAACCUCAAGAAGCCUGUGCGCCAGUGGUCCGAGGCCGAGGAGGAGAAGCUCUGCAAGUACUACAACAAGGAGAUCCACGAGGCCGCCUUUGUCUUGCCCAACUUCGCCAAGAAGGCCCUCAAGUAG